CCAUCAUUAAGAGAAGUGAGCAGUUCCUGGUUUGUCAGAGAAGAAAGAAGAGAAGCAGCAUUAAAGCAUCAGAGCCUCAACAUGAAAGUCUUCCACACUUUUUUCUGUUUCCUCUUCAUCGGUUCAGACUGGUUUGUGCUUUGAGCUGUUUGGUUCCUGCAGAGCUGAAGAAGGACGACGGUGGAGCUCAGGAGAGGAGCAGAAAGCUGUUGGACUGCAACAAGUUGAGUGGCUGCAGGUUUUCACCAACAUGGAAAGGAUCCAUCAGAACCCAGGACCAGGACCUGAACCAGAACCAGGACCAGGACCAGGACCUGCACCCAGCUGUGUGUCCUUUAAGAGCGAUGACUCAAAGGAUUUUUUUAUUGACUUUAAAGGAGAUGGAGCUCCUGCUGCUCAGAGAGUGGACCAGCAGAACUCAGAGGUUCCCAGAGUUCAGUCUGACCAGCAGCUUCACCUGGACUCCAUAUUCAUGCUGCUGGAGGACAACAUGGUGACUUUUGUGAAGAAAGAGCUGAAGAAGAUGCAGAAGGUUGUGAGUCCAGAUUACCCAGAAUGCUCAGAGAGUCAGAGGGAGGAUGAGGAGGAGUUGGAGAGUGAUGAUGAAGAUCAGAGGAGCAGCAGAGAGAUGUUUCAGCAGAUCACAGUGUUGUUCCUGAGGAGGAUGAAGCAGGAGAAGCUGGCUGACCGUCUGCAGAGCAAAUUUGCUGCUCCAGUUUGUAGACGUAAACUUAAAUGUGGUCUGAAGAAGAAGUUCCAGAGAGUGUUUGAGGGCAUCGCUAAAGCAGGACAGUCGACCCUCCUGAAUGAGAUCUACACAGAGCUGUACAUCACAGAGGGAGGGACUGCAGAGGUCAAUGAUGAACAUGAGGUCAGACAGAUUGAAGCAGCAUCCAGGAAAGCAGACAGAGCAGAAAGAAGCAUCAGACCAGAAGACAUCUUUAAAGGCUCACCUGGAAGAGAUGGACCAAUCAGAACAGUGAUGACACAGGGAGUGGCUGGCAUUGGGAAAACAGUGUUAACACAGAAGUUGACUCUGGACUGGGCUGAAGACAAAAGCAACCAGGACAUCCACUUCAUGUUUCCAUUGACUUUCAGAGAGCUGAAUGUGCUGAAAGAGAGAAAGUUCAGCUUGGUGGAACUUGUUCAUCACUUCUUCAGUGAAACCAAAGCAGCAGGAAUGUGCAGGUUUGAAGACUUCCAGGUUGUGUUGAUCUUUGACGGUCUGGAUGAGUGUCGCCUUCCUCUGGACUUCCACAACAAUGAGGUCCUGACUGAUGUUACAGAGUCUACCUCAGUGGAUGUGCUGCUGACAAACCUGAUCAGGGGGAAUCUGCUUCCCUCUGCUCGCCUCUGGAUAACCACACGACCUGCAGCAGCCAAUCAGAUCCCUCCUGACUGUGUGGACAUGGUGACAGAUGUCAGAGGGUUCACUGACCCACAGAAGGAGGAGUACUUCAAGAAGAGAUCCAAAGAUGAGGAGCAGGCCAGCAGCAUCAUCUCCCACAUUAAAGCAGCACAAAGUCUCCACAUCAUGUGCCACAUCCCAGUGUUCUGCUGGAUCACUGCUACAGUUCUGGAGGAGCUGCUGAGAACCAGAGAGGGAGGAGAUCUGCCCAGAACCCUGACUGAGAUGUACAUCUACCACCUGGUGGUUCAGACCAAAGUCAAGAAGGUCAAGUAUGACGGAGGAGCUGAGACAGAUCCACACUGGAGUCCAGACAGCAGGAGGAUGAUUGAGUCUCUGGGAAAACUGGCUUUUGAGCAGUUGCAGAAAGGAAACCUGAUCUUCUAUGAGUCCGACCUGAAAGAGUGUGGCAUCAAUAUGGAAGCAGCCUCAGUGUACUCAGGAGUGUUCACACAGAUCUUUAAAGAGGAGAGAGGACUGUACCAGGACAAGGUGUUCUGCUUCAUCCAUCUGAGCGUUCAGGAGUUUCUGGCUGCAGUCUACAUGUUCCACUGUUACACCAACAGGAAGGAGAAGGUUCUGGAAGACUUCCUGGGAAAAGACUGGAAAGAUGAGGGGAGAGACACUCUGGAUGUGUUCCUGAACAGAGUCAUGGAGAAAUCCCUGAGAAGUAAAAAUGGUCACCUGGACCUGUUUGUUCGCUUCCUUCAUGGCCUCUGUCUGGAGUCCAACCAGAGACUCUUAGGAGGUCGGCUGGAUCAGACAGAGAACCAUCCAGAAAUGAUCCAGAGAGUCAUCAACAACCUGAAGAAGAUGAACAGUGAUGAAAUGUCUCCAGACAGGAGCAUCAACAUCUUCCACUGUCUGAUGGAGAUGAAGGAUCUCUCAGUACAUCAUGAGAUCCAAGAGUUCCUUCAGUCAAAGAACAGAUCAGAGGAGGAACUCUCUGAGAUCCACUGCUCAGCUCUGGCCUACAUGCUGCAAAUGUCAGAGGAGGUUCUGGAUAAGUUGGACCUGAACAUGUACAGAACAUCAGAUGAGGGAAAACGGAGGCUGAUUCCAGCUGUGAGGAACUGCAGAAAGGCUCGACUUUCUGACUGUGGACUCUCAGAGAGUCACUGUGAAGUUGUGGCCUCAGCUCUGAAGUCCAACCCCUCCUAUCUGAUAGAACUGGACCUGAGCUGGAACAAGCUGCAGGAUUCAGGAGUGAAGCAUCUUUGUGAUGGACUGCAGAGUCCAAACUGUAAACUGGAGACUCUCAGAUUGGAGUUCUGCAGUUUGUCAAAGAUCAGCUGUGAUUCUCUGGUCUCAGCUCUGAAGUCCAACCCCUCCCAUCUGGAACAUCUGGACCUGAGUGGAAACAACCUGCAGGAUUCAGGAGUGAAACAUCUGAGUGGUUUUCUGGAGAGUCCAGACUGCAGCCUGAAGACUCUGAGAUUGAUGAGCUGCAGUUUGUCAACGAUCAGCUGUGAUUCUCUGGUCUCAGCUCUGAAGUCCAACCCCUCCCAUCUGGAAUAUCUGGACCUGAGUGGAAACAACCUGAAGGAUUCUGGAGUGAAACAUCUGAGUGGUUUUCUGGAGAGUCCAGACUGCAUCCUGAAGACUCUGAUUUUGUGGAGCUGCAGUUUGUCAGAGAUCAGCUGUGAUUCUCUGGUCUCAGCUCUGAAGUCCAACCCCUCCCAUCUGGAACAUCUGGACCUGAGUAACAACAACCUGCAGGAUUCAGGAGUGAAACAUCUGAGAGGUUUUCUGGAGAGUCCAGACUGCAUCCUGAAGACUCUGGGAUUGAUUGGCUGCAGGUUGUCAGAGAUCAGCUGUGAUUCUCUGGUCUCAGCUCUGAAGUCCAACCCCUCCCAUCUGGAACAUCUGGACCUGAGUGGAAACAACCUGAAGGAUUCAUCAGUGAAACAUCUGUUAGAUCUUGUGGAGAGUCCAGACUGCAGCCUGCAGACUCUGAGAUGGAAGUGAUGCUGAUCAGGACGGUGUUUGUGCUGAGAGGAUGAAGUGUGUCCUGAUGAUCCAGAUGUUGAAGCAGCAGCAGCUGGUGUGUAGAGACUCUGACUGGACCAUGUUACUGCACUGUAAAACAUCAGGAAUUCAUUCAGUCACAUCAACUCAUCUGUUCUAGUUUACUUUAGAGAAAUACAGGAGUUUUACUAAUUACUAAUUAUUUGAACUUAAAAUGUCUCAUUUUUCUUUUCAAACCACUUUAGAACUAAAAAACAUGAAUUUGUAGAACUUGAGGCAUUUUUUCUUCCAAUAUUGAGUUGAAUGAAUGAACAGCUCAGAGUUCACUCAACUCAUUAAAUUAAGUUCACAAGAAACAAAACAAACACAGAUUUCCCCGUUAAUGUUCACAUGAUACCAUGACUGUAAAAAAUGAUCAUUAUUUUACAACCAGUUCUGUUUGUUUUGUUCAAUUACAAACAAUAUCUAGUAAAAUCCCAGAAAAGUAUUAACUUCCAUGUUCAACUGUAAAUAAUGUCCACAUCAAUAGGGUUAGGUAUUUUAAUAAAUACUCAUUUGUUCUUUAACAACAUUUUUACUUUAUUUUAAUCAGCAACAAAUCAGAUUAUUUUACAGAUAUUUAUCCUCAUUUUAAAGACUAUUUCUGUUUAUUAAAGAUUGAAAAUGAGAAAUAUUUUAACACUUAAUUGACAUUUUUGCUGUGUUUUGUUAAAUUACAGAUAAUCUGGAAUAAAAUCACAGAAAAAAUGUUCAUUUAUUCAGAAUGUUUGCUGUAAAAAACUGUAGAAUAAUGUGAACAUUAAAAUUCACUAUUUUAAUAAAUGUUCAUUUGUUCUUUUAUACCAUUUAACUCUCACACUCUUGUUUAUUGACUUUAAAUCAGCAAAAAAUAUCAUUUUUACAGAAUCUGAAGGACAAACUCUGUAUAUGUAAACGAUAUAUAUUAAUUCUAUUAAAGGCAGAAAUGAUUCCAAAGCA